AUGAAGAAAAGCAGCCAGAGCAGGCGGGGCGUUCAGGACUCAGGUCAGCCGGUGGCCCAGCAACCGGAGAAGUUCGGCUGGAUCAGGAAGUUCUGCGGUCGAGGGAUCUUCAGAGAACUGUGGAGGAACCGAUAUGUGGUGCUGAGAGGAGACCACCUCUACAUCUCUGACAAGGAGGUGAAGGACGAGCGGAAAGCGCAGGAAGUGUUCGACCUGGCUGAUUACGAGCGUUCGGAGGAGCUGAGGAAAGCGAAGAGUCGCAGCAAGAAAAACCACAGUCGCUUCACUGUGCUGCGCUGCAGGCAGCCGGGAAAUACCGUUCCCAACCUCGUGUUUCUUGCAGUGAGUCCUGAGGAAAAGGAAUCAUGGGUCAAUGCCCUCAAUGUGGCGAUCAUCAAAGCCAAGAACAGAGUUUUAGACGAGGUGACCAUUGAGGAGGACAGCGCACUGGUUCAUCCCACCAGAGACCGAGCAAAGAUUCCUCAUGGCCGCCGGCUGCCGACCAGAGGACACCUCAUGGCCGUGGCAUCCACCUCCGCCCAUGGCAUGUUGACCCUCGACUUGGUCGCUGAGGAGGACGGUUUCUCCCCAGACUACGAUGGCGAUUCUCAGGAAUCCUGGGAGAACAGCUUCCGGGUCGACCUCCAGCAGGGGGUUUCCUGUGGUCAGGUGGCGGUUGUAGGAUCUCAGGGGGUUGGUGGUCGUCAGCGGGCUGGCACUGACGUCUCAAAGCUCAGGGUGACCUCCAAGGAGCCCAAGGUGAAGACUGGCAGUCUGCCCAGGGGGAGUGAGCGGUCCUGGGGAAAACAGUCCCACCUGGAGGCUUCCAGGGUCCACAAGAACCAGCAGGUGCAGGUCCUCCAGGCUCAGUCUCGAACACCACAGCCCGGGAAAAGGUUCAGCAUGCAGGGCCGGAGUCGCUGUGCCUCCAUGGAUGAAGUCCUCUCCUCCAGACCGGCGAUGAUUCGUUCGGAGUUGCGGUCUGCUCUUCGGCGUUGUCCGACUGAUGAGGAGGCGGGGGACGGGGCUUCAGUGCAGCCGGUUGGUCAGCUGCAGAGCCUUAUCGCCCAGAGGAUGCAGAGAGCUCAGGAGCUGCUGGAGGAGAUGAGACUGCAGGAGUUGCAGAAAGCCAAAGCAGAGAGGGAACGCGGAGGCAGCUCACCUUACCUUAAGGGCAUCGACUCCCCUCGACUCCAUCACCUCAGGGGCUCAGAGUCUCCUCACUCCAGCAGGUCAUCUGGAUCUCCAAGGAGCAGGAGCAGCGACUCUCCUCGCCUCAGGGGAAAAGACUCUCCUCGACUGAGAGGGAGAGAGUCUCCUCGAUCCAAAGCCAAGAAGAGUCGCUCCAAAGGGAAUGACUCGCCUCGCUCCAGAGGAUCCCACUCCCCUGCCACGAAAGCAAAUGACUCUCCUCGACUGAAAGAUUCAUCUUGUCUGACGGCCACCGACUCUCCACAAUCAAAGAGCUCCGACACAGUCUGUUCACCAAAACUCAAGGGAUCGUCCAGCUCCUCCGGUCCCAACAAGGACGACUCUCCUUUACAGAAGUCACCCAAAUCCCCUCCAUCCGUCAGAGGAUCUGAAUCCUCUCAGGUUAAAGGAUCUGAUUCAUCACAAGGCAGCGAAACUGACUCCCUUCGUCUGGGGAGCAGCAAAGAGUCACCCUGUCCGAGUCAGAAGAACUCCCCAAGUCUCUCCGGAUCCUUUGAGUCCUCUCAGCCCAAAACCCCCGACAAACACCGCCUGUCCCCACCUCUGCCAGCCUCACCUCCCUCUCUGCUGUCAGGCGAGGACCUGGAGGUGGAGAGGAGGCGUGCUGAGGCAGAGCGCCUCCUGGAGGAGGCCGUGUCAUCGUGGAAGGAGGCGCAGGAAGUGCUGCAGGAAGUAAAGGAGCUGCAGAGCCAGACGCUGAGGCGACAGCGUAGGAGGACCUACGAAAAGAUGACAUCGACAGCGGCGGCGGCGGCUGGGUUGCCCACGACGACUGCAGCAGCAGAUGAGGACGACACACCUGCCUCACCAACAUCACCUGAGGACGAGGAUGAGUCUGAGACACCUUAA